AUGACCAGCGACGACAGCAACAACAUGUUUUUGAAUCCCACCGAGGAGCUUCGUGCCAUCUUUUCCAACGCCCAAACAAAGCUCAGAGGCAUGGUUCCAGGGUACAUGGUGCCUAGGUUCUUCCGCACCGUCUUCAUUCCCUAUCAAGGCAGAAUGCAUCAAGUUGUUCUUCGCAAAUCCAACAUAUCCGUCCAAAUUGUCAAGUCGGACAAUUGUUUGGUGCGCUUUACGGAAUCCCUCUGCCAGAAAGACUCACGCAAGGCAUAG